AUGGAGAAAAACCUCACUGUUUUGUCAGGCUUCAUCCUCCUGGGUUUCUCUGAUGCCCCAGAGCUACAAAUACCCAUCUUUACAAUUUUCUUAUCCCUGUACAUUUUAGUGGUGCUAGGGAACCUGAUGAUGAUCCUGCUAAUCAACACUGACCCCCAGAUCCACACCCCCAGGUAUUUCUUCCUGACCCACUUAUCUUUCAUAGAUUUUUGCCUUUCUUCCACUGUUGUCCCAAGGGCACUGGAGACCUUCCUGCUGGGGAGAAGCCACAUCUCUCUUUUGGGUUGCUUUGCCCAGAUUUAUUUUUUCGUUGCUCUGAUUGUCUGUGAGAGCUUCCUCCUGGGGGUGAUGGCUUACGACCGGCACACGGCAGUGUGCAAGCCACUGUGUUACACCACCACCAUGUUCAGGGUGUGUUGUUACAACAUGAUGGUGCUGGUGUACACCACAGGCUUCCUCACUGCCCUGGUGCAUACCAUCCUGGCGGGGAGGUUGCCCUUCUGCCGGGCCAGGAGCAUCAACCACUUCUUCUGUGAGUUGCUCGCCUCUCCUGCUCUGAUGCCCGCACAAAUGAGACUUUGCAGGUUUCCAACUCUGGGCUUGACAUUGUGGGCUCUGUCCUUAUGA